CUUAAUAUUUUAAAUCGCAGAGGUGGAUAUAGCGGUUUUUCUUUUAUUAUAUUUUAUUUAUUUCCUGUUUGAGUAUAACAUGACUGCUGCACACAAGUCCAGAUUGACCAGAUGAAGAAGUAGCCUUACUCAGCAGAAUAAAAAAAGAAGAUGGGAACAAUGAAUGUUUUCGCUGCUGUUCUUUUUCUUCUCGUAGACUUCAUUCACGGCUCAACGUUAUCAUUUUCAAUUGAAGAAGAGAAAGCAAUUGGUACAAUCGUAGGUAACAUUGCAGUAAACAGUGGACUUUCGUCUAAUAUGUCAGGUCAGGAUUUUAAUAUGCUGGAAUAUAAAAGGGUUUCUACUAAUAGUGAAAACAAUGCCGAUUUAUUCAGCAUUGUUGAAAAUACAGGGGAUAUUAAAACCACAACUGUGAUAGAUCGUGAGGAAAUCUGCAAGCUUAAACAAACUUGUGUAAUCACAUUUGAUGUAGCAAUUUCAUCCCCAUUUUCUAACUUUUUCGCAUUGUACACUAUUGAAAUAUCAAUAAUCGACAAAAAUGACAACAUUCCUACUUUCCCACAGAAUUCGAUUACUCUUGAAAUCCAUGAAGAUGAUAGUAUUGGAACUUUAUACUCAUUGGAUAGUGCACAAGAUAAGGACAUUGGUAAAAAUUCCAUACAAAGUUACGAAAUUUCACCUUUAAACAGCACAUUUGAUUUGAACGUGGAGAGAAAUUUAGAUCAGAGUUUCAUUUUGCGAGUUGAGCUGCGACAAAAAUUAGAUAGGGAAGUUGACGAUUUUUAUCAGUUUCAUGUCACAGCCAAAGAUGGCGGUUCUCCACCGAAUAUUGGAACGAUGACUGUUGAUGUGAAAGUCAUUGAUGCUAACGAUAAUAAACCAGAAUUCCAGUCGGACUAUAAUAUCUCCAUCAAGGAAAAUUUCAGUGUUGGUAAUACUCUUUUACAGUUAUUGGCUACUGAUAAAGACAUCGGUGAAAAUGGAAGAGUCUUUUACCGCUUUAGCCCUCACCAAUCUGAUUUAGAUAACAUUCAACAAGUUUUUAGCUUGAAUUCGGAAACAGGGAAAAUAAAUUUAAAGCAAGCUUUUGAUUAUGGACAGAAAAACUUGUAUAAGUUUUAUGUUGAUGCUAGUGAUCAUGGAACUGAUCCACAGUGGUCGCAGACCUUAGUCACGAUUCGUGUAGAAGAUGACGGAAACAACCCUCCUCACGUCACAUUUAGUUACUUAGUGUCCAAGAUCAACUCAAACACUGUGAACAUUUCUGAAGCAGAAAAAGUUGGCAAAGCAAUUGCAAUCGUAAACGUUCAAGAUUCCGAUAGUGGUAAAUCUGGGCAGGUGACAUGUGUGAUUAAUAAUGAUAAGUUUGAACUGCAAUCUUUGUCAGCAGGGAAGUAUGCUGUUAUUAUCAAACAAAUGUUGGAUCGUGAAACAGCAGAUACCCAUACUAUCACUGUCACAUGUAAUGACCAGGGAAAUCCACCAAUGACAACGCAGGAGAGUUUUACAGUGCAGCUUGCUGACGAGAAUGAUUGUACACCUAUGUUUAAUGUGAAUUAUGCAUAUUUUGCAUCUAUCUCUGAAAAUAGUACAUCAGGAUCACUUGUAACGCAGGUAACUGCUUCAGAUUGUGACGCUGGCCAUAAUUCUAUUAUACGUUACUUCUUGCAUGCCGAUGGUGUGAACAGUUUUGUCAUCAAUGAUAUCACAGGAAUUAUUAACACAAAGAAGGUUUUCGAUCGUGAAAUUAAUCCACGAUUGACAUUUAGGGUUUUAGCUGUUGAUUCAGGAUCUCGUCCAUUAACUGGGACAGCAACUGUAGUUGUUAAUGUUACGGAUGUAAAUGACAAUUCACCGACGUUUAAUGUUACUGCAUUCAAUUUCCAUGUUUUAGAAAACCAAGAUGCAAAAACAUUAGUUGGCAAACUGACUGCUUUCGAUUUAGAUGAAGGUGAAAAUGCCAGAUUGACAUAUUCUGUUGUUGGCAAUAAUGCAGACCUACCCUUUCAUGUCUAUCCUAAUGGGACUAUUGUGACCACACAAAAACUGAAUCGUGAAGACAAAAGUGAAUAUAGAUUUAGAAUUGUUGUAAGUGACCAUGGCAUUGUUCCGAAUGUAGCUCAAAGGGAUGUAAGGAUUAUUGUUGCUGAUGGCAACGAUCAUUACCCUGUCAUCCAUUUUCCAAAUAGUAACAAUAAAACACUUGCUAUUGUUUACUUAGAAUCUGUAGGCUCUGUCAUAGCAACUGUAAAUGCCACAGAUGCUGAUUCUGGAAUAAAUGCUGAUCUGGCUUACUCCCUUGUAGCAGGCAACCAGUUGGGAAUCUUUGACAUCAAUAAAAAUGGGCAGAUAAUUCUGGCUAGUACUCAUAUGAUAAAAGAGGAUACAGUUUUUCCUGUUGUAAUAUCUGUCAAAGACAAGGGAGUUAAUCCAAAGGAAACGACCCAGGAUGUAUUUAUAGUUUUAAUAUAUGCAAAUAUGGCUGCAGUUUCGCCAGUGAAAGAUAACUCUGCUGGGAAUAAAUAUGUUGUAAUUUCUGCAGUAGUUGUGGCAUUUACCGCUUUAGUGUCUGCAGUUAUAAUAGCGAUUAUAAUCAUUUUACGACGAAAUGAUAAAAAAUUAGCUGAACAAUCGAGAAGAGAAAAAAUCAAACAUGCAAAUUCAAAUGGUGAUGUUUUUAUGAAUGGUACCGUGAGUUAUGAUCCAAACCAUGGAGAUCUUACACGCAAGAAGAAAAAAGAAGUCAGUUUCUCACUAGAAGAUGACCUAGAUAAUGCUUUUGAUGUUUCCAGUUUCCCUUAUGAUGAUAGAGAUCAUAACUCCAUGUCUAAAUUUGAGAAACCCUCCAAGAACAACACUAUGCAGUUCCAACAGUUUUUAAUACAGCCAGAUAAACAGAUAAAAAGUUUACAGAAAUCACAUGAUACAGGCAGUGAUACAUCGGCAGAAACGAUUGGUAGUGAUAGUGGUCGUGGAGGGAGUGAAUCAGAAUUGCCAAAUAGUGCUAAUAAUCCAGAUGACAGUAGAGCAUUUGGAUACAACAAUAGAGAUUUUCACAAAUGUUCAAGUCCAUUUGACAAUCAAGGACGUUUAAAUCGUCCGUUCUCAGACAAUUAUUCAAAUAGUGCUAAAAGUAGUGGUGGCUUGACCCCAAGAGAAACAUUUGAACGCAAACACAAAUUGAAUUCCUCUACACGAAGAGACAAUAACCAGCUACCAGACAGACCACAAUCAGAUGAGUGGUCACCGUCGUACGUGUAGCAAAUCAAACCUAUGCAAUCAAACAUUGUACAUUAAAUGUGUUCAGAACAAAGCUUUAAAAGAAACCGUCCAGCCACAACUGUGCCAUGUAUAUUUUGAGGAGGAAUUUUACAGCAUUAUAUCUUCUGACAGCACUUGUUCGUUAUCAUAUGGGAUUAGAUUCCACUUGAUGAUCUCAGUGUUCUUGGUUCGAAGUCAAGAAUACAUAGAAGACCAAAAACUAGUCAUCCCUGCUGAAGAAGAUGUUUUUAUGUUUUAUUUAUAUAUUUGUUGACUUUUUAUAUAUGUUUUUAAAUCACUGCUAUCAUGUAGCAUAAUUUGUUAGACAGCUCUAUUGUAAACUCUUAAUUUUACUUUAUUUCUUACUAAUGUAAGCAAUGCUUCAUGCAGUGGAAAACUUUGAUAAUAGUCAUCUUAAUACAAUGUUAUUAAUACAACUGCUGUUUUAUUUUACUUUUAAUUUUUUAUGGUUUUUUUAUGCAUCCAUAUUUUUAUACAAUUUUUCAAAUUGGAAUUUAUUUAAUUUAUACUUGUAGAAUAAUUUGACUAUGAAAUUUCUUAAACUAUUAAAUUGAUCAGAAAAGUUAAAUGAAAGAUUAAACAAUAUAAUAAAUGAAUUUUAUAAUUAUUAAAAGAAAUCUUUUCAUUGUUUAUUUUCUAAGGAAAAUUGCAUUUGAUAAAAAUUUAAAUAUGAUUGUUUAGAGAGAAAAAAAUCAAGACAAACAUUUGAUAAUUUAUAUCAAAUAAGCAUUUUGGAAUGAAUUCAAUCGUUCUUCCUUUGAAAUCUAUUGUCUUCCAUUUUACAUGUAAUUAAAAACUGCUGUUCAUGUACAUAAAAUAUUAAAAAUGAUGAAAUCCAGUGGCUCUUUUCACCAAAAAAUGGUUAUAAGAUAUACCCAAAUUUUUACUUGGAAGAUUCUUUGUGAAGAGGGUCACAGUUGUUUAAUUAUGACACAAAUGUUUGAUAUUAUGAAUCUCAUUAUAUUUUAAAUAAGAAAAGUUACAUAUUUUCAUGUGAUAUUGUACCUUGCAUUUAUAACAUAGACAUUGUUGUCUGUAUAGUAAAUUGCAAUUUGUUUAAGUCUGUACAGUUAUUUGAGAAUUAACUGUAUAGUUAGUUUUGCUCAACAUAUGAUACUGUACACCACUAUGAUUUAAAAUGGUUUUCUGUUUACAAAUAAUGCAGUCACAUAUUUUAGCCUCUAAAAAAAUUGAAAUGAUAAAUUUUCAAAACCUUUUGACUAUUUAUACUAAUUAUUCAAAAAUUCUUUAUUUCUAGAAUUUGUAAAAACAAAAAAAAUAUGUCAGAAUUUAAAAUUGAAUGAUCUCCUUUAAUCAAAUGCUCAAUUGAACAUUUUGUUUAUAAAGUGAAUAGGAUAUUUAGAAAAUUUCAUUUUAGACUUGAAAAACAAAAUGACAGCUGGGUAGUCUUUUACACAUGAUAUUUGUUGUAGCUUUAACAGUCCAUUAAUAAGCAUGCUGAUGGAUGAAUUUCUGAUUAUAUGUGUAUAAAUACUUUUGUUUAAACAUGGUGCUAUAAGUUCUUUUUGUAAGCUUUAAAAAAGGUGCUAAAUGACUUUAUUUGUUUCCUUGACAAAUUUUAGAACAUUCCCUUUUGUUAUAGAACCAAUUUUUAAAAUCCUGCAUUUAAAUAAACAUUUCCUUAGUCUUUUUUUUUUUUGAAAAAUGACCAAAAAAAAUGUAUCUGUGUUAUAAAUGAUUAAUUGUUAACAUCAAUGGUCUAAUAAUGAUACAUUUGUUUUAAUACUGAUAAGCAUGUACAUGAUGAUCUACAAAGAAUGAUGUAUUUAUUUUGUUGUAUGAAAUAAAUAAAAGAGAUGUUAUUUUUUCACAAAAAUAAAACAUGAAAUAACUAUAA